AUGGCGGGGAAGCUCAGUGCAUUGGAAAUACUUCUGAUUGUCUACAUCCUAGUUGUACUCGUCCUGGAUGUCCUCUUGCUGCUUCUUGUGUUGGAGAAACCUUCAGACACUUCAUUUAUUCCGGAGUGCCCAGAGAUCCCUGUGUCAGAAAGGAUUGAUUGCGCACCAGGCAAGAUGGUGACAGAGGAGAUUUGCAGCUGGCAACAUAAAUGCUGCUGGAAGCAUGAGGCAGAUCCCAACAUCCCAAGUUGCUUCUUCCCCAGGAACUGGGGCUACGAAGUCCAAGAUGGCCCUACAAAUAGAAGUACAGACUUCACUGCCCGGUUGAGAAGGUCUCCAUCCCCAUCUCUAUUUGGAGAUGAUAUCGCUAAUGCCCUCUUCACAGCUGAGAGCCAGACGUCCAAUCGUUUUCAUUUCAAGAUAACUGACUUCAAUGAGCUACGCUAUGAAGUCCCUCCCGAGGUCAUCAAUCCCGUUAACAGGACUGCUGAUAAAUCUACCUUGAGCUACGACAUUGAGGUCACUUAUAAGCCCUUUAGCUUCAGAAUAAUUCGGAAAAGCAACAAGAAAGUAUUGUUGGACACCGGCAUUGGGCCCCUCCUGUUCGCCCAGCAGUACCUGCAGCUGUCUUUCCGACUGCCUAGCACUAAUGUGUACGGGCUGGGGGAACACGUCCAUCAGUGGUACCGCCAUGACCUGAGCUGGAAGACCUGGCCCAUCUUCACCCGGGACACCACCCCUACAGCGGGCAUGAUCAAUCUGUACGGAGCACAUACAUUUUUCUUGUGCCUGGAAGACACCAGUGGGUCCUCUUUUGGAGUUUUUCUGAUGAACAGCAAUGCCAUGGAGAUUGCCCUGCAGCCUGCUCCUGCAAUCACUUACCGCACAAUUGGGGGCGUAUUGGACUUUUAUGUGUUCCUGGGAGACACCCCAGAGCAAGUGGUCCAGGAGUACCUGGAGCUUGUUGGACGGCCAUUCCUGCCUGCCUACUGGAGUCUUGGGUUCCAGCUUAGUCGCAGAGAUUAUGGUGGUAUUCAUGGAUUGAGAGAGGUUGUAAACCGAAAUCGUAAAGCUGGGAUCCCAUAUGAUGUGCAGUACUCAGACAUAGACCUCAUGGAAGGAAAAAAGGAUUUCACUAUUGACCAUCAAACUUACUCCAACAUCUCAGAUUUUGUCACAGACUUGCAUGACCAUGGGCAGAAAUAUAUAAUUAUCACGAAUCCUGGCAUCUCCAAAUCCUCUGACUAUGAGGCCUAUACCAAGGGAAGCACAAAGAGAAUAUGGAUCGUAGGGAACAGCGGCUUUGCUGUUGGGGAGGGAUAUCCUGGAGAGUCAGUCUUUCCUGAUUUCAGCAAUCCAGCUUCUACUGAGUGGUGGGAAGAUCAGUUCAAAGAUUUUCAUGACCAGCUGGACUUUGAUGGUGUGUGGAUUGAAAUGGAUGAAGUAUCUACCUUGGCCCAAGGCUCUGAUCACAAGUGUGAAGCAAACAACUUAAACUUUCCUCCUUUUACUCCCAGCAUUCUGAACCAUUCACUGUCUGCAAGAACCCUGUGCAUGGACACAGAGUUUUACUGGGGCCUUCACUACGACAUCCACAGCUUGUACGGCUACACCAUGGCAAAAGCCACAGACUCUGCCAUGGGAAAGAUCUUCUCUAAUAAAAGGAGCUUCAUCUUAUCGCGAUCUACUUUUGCUGGCUCUGGCAAGUUUGCUGCUCACUGGCUGGGGGAUAAUGAGGCCACGUGGGAUGACCUCCGAUGGUCCAUUCCCAGCAUCCUGGAGUUCAACCUGUUUGGCAUCCCGAUGGUGGGGGCCAACAUCUGUGGUUAUACAAACAAUGUGACUGAAGCACUUUGCAGAAGGUGGAUGCAGCUUGGAGCAUUUUAUCCACUAUCAAGGAACCACAAUGGACCAGAGUACAGGGACCAGGACCCCGCGGCCUUUGGUUUGGACUCACUGUUGUUGGACUCCUCCAGACAUUAUCUGAACAUUCGCUAUUCCCUGCUGCCCUACCUCUACACCCUCUUCUAUCGCGCUCACACUCGGGGGGACACAGUAGCGAGGCCCCUGGUACAUGAGUUCUACCAGGACCCAGCCACGUGGGACAUACACGAGCAGUUCUUAUGGGGUUCUGGGCUCCUCAUCACCCCCAUUCUGUAUGAAGGCGUUGACCAAGUGAAAGCAUACAUCCCAGAUGCAAUCUGGUAUAAUUAUGAGACAGGAGAGGCCAUCCAAUGGAGGAAGCAAUUUGUAGAUAUGCUAUUUCCUGAUGAUAGGAUAGGACUUCACCUACGAGGGGGAUGCAUAUUUCCUACCCAGGAGCCAAACACAACCACGGAGACCAGCCGGAAGAAUUCCCUGGGACUCAUUGUUGCUUUGGAUUAUAAGAGAGAAGCAAAGGGAGAGCUGUACUGGGAUGAUGGCAUGUCUAAAGAUGCUGUAACUGGAAAGAAUUAUGUCCUGUACGAUUUCUCCGUGGCGUCUAACCGUCUGCAGGCAAAGAUUAUAAAUAACAAUUACACGGACCCUGACAACCUGAUGUUUACCAAUAUCAGAAUCUUGGGCAUGGACAAGGAGCCAACUGAUUUUAUUGUUGUAGUUAAUGAUGCCUCCACAUCUAUUUCAAGCAUUGCGUAUAGCCCUUCAACAAAGGUGCUGACCAUCACGGAUCUCAAGGGACUGGCACUCGGGCGAGAAUUCUCUAUUGAGUGGAAGCUUCUAGUCAGUGACCUGGAGAAGUUCAACUGCUACCCUGAGGAUCCUGCCGUGUCAGAGGCGAGCUGCCGGCAGCGGGGAUGCCUUUGGGAGUACACAGCAGCUCCAGGUGUGCCCAGCUGCUACUAUGACACCAUUGCUGCCUAUGCUGCCAGCAACAUUCAGUACCAGUCCACAGGCAUCACCACUGAUCUCACCCUCUUGGAGGCCCCAGAAUCUGCAAGAACAGCAGUUCCUCCUUCAAAGCCAGCAGCGGCUGCCACUCGCAUCUCUGAGUCUCUUUCUGCAAAGAUCAGCAGCCUUAAACUGAACGUGAUCUAUCAUACAGAAACCAUGCUUCAGGUCAAGAUCUAUGAUCCCACUACUAAAAGGUAUGAGGUACCUGUACCUCUGAACACCCCUCCUUCACCAGCUGGCUCCCCUGAAAACUGUCUGUAUGAUGUCAGGGUUCAGACCAAUCCUUUUGGAAUCCAGAUCCGACGCAAAAACUCUAGCACUGUGAUUUGGGACUCUCAGCUUCCUGGAUUCACCUUUGAUGACAUGUUCCUUUCCAUCUCCACUCGCCUCCCUUCUCAGUACAUCUAUGGUUUUGGGGAAACUGAGCACACGGCUUUCAGAAGAAAUAUGAGCUGGCACACGUGGGGGAUGUUUGCUCGUGAUGAACCACCAGCGUACAAGAAGAAUUCCUAUGGCGUCCACCCCUACUACAUGGCGUUGGAGGAGGACGGCAGUGCUCACGGAGUGCUCCUGCUCAACAGCAACGCCAUGGAUGUGACACUCCAACCCACUCCUGCCCUGACAUACCGCACCACAGGAGGAAUUUUGGACUUUUACGUAGUUUUGGGACCAACCCCCGAACUUGUAACUCAACAAUACACUGAGUUGAUUGGUCGGCCAGCCAUGAUUCCAUACUGGGCCUUGGGAUUUCAGCUGAGUCGCUAUGGAUACCAGAAUGACACUGAAAUCUCCAGUUUGUAUGAUGAAAUGAUGGCAGCCCAUAUUCCCUAUGAUGUCCAGCAUGUUGAUAUCGACUACAUGGACCGGAAGCUGGACUUCACUCUCAGCCCCAGCUUUCAAAACCUCAGUGUCCUGAUGGAGAACAUGAAGAAAAGCGGCAUGAGAUUUAUUCUCCUUCUGGAUCCAGCCAUUUCUGGCAAUGAGACCCAGUAUCCAACAUUCACCAGAGGACAGGAAAGCAACGUAUUCAUCAAAUGGCCUGACACCAGCAGCAUUGUGUGGGGAAAGACUUGGCCAGAGCUGCCAGAUGUGAAGGUGGAUGGAUCUCUUGACCAAGAGACUCAGGUUAAGCUGUACAGGGCGCACGUUGCUUUUCCCGACUUCUUGCGUCCCAGCACAGCUUCCUGGUGGAAAAAAGAGAUAGAAGAGCUCUAUGCGAACCCUCGGGAGCCAGGGAAGAGCCUGAAGUUUGAUGGGCUGUGGCUUGAUAUGAAUGAACCAUCAAACUUUGUGGAUGGAUCUGUUGGGGGCUGCCGCAGUGAAAUUCUCAACAACCCACCUUAUAUGCCAAACUUGGAAUCUCGGGACAGAGGCCUGAGCAGCAAGACCCUGUGCAUGGAGAGCGAGCAGAUCCUCCCAGACGGCUCGCGGGUGCGGCACUACGACACACACAGCCUGUAUGGCUGGUCCCAGACCAGACCCACCUACGAGGCCAUGCAGGACGUGACAGGGCAGCGAGGCCUCGUCAUCGCCCGCUCCACAUUCCCUUCUUCUGGACGCUGGGCAGGACACUGGCUGGGAGACAACACCGCUGCCUGGGACCAGCUGAAGAAAUCUAUCAUUGGCAUGAUGGAGUUCAGUCUCUUUGGAAUACCUUAUACAGGGGCAGACAUCUGUGGGUUCUUCGGAGAUGCGGAGUAUGAGAUGUGUGCUCGCUGGAUGCAGCUGGGGGCCUUUUACCCCUUCUCCAGGAACCACAACACCAUCGGGACCAGGAGACAAGACCCUGUGGCCUGGGAUUCAACCUUUGAGUUAUACGCAAGGGAAGUCCUGAAGACUAGAUACACUCUGCUGCCUUAUCUCUACACGCUGAUGCAUAAAGCACACGUGAAUGGCAAUACUGUCAUCCGACCUCUUCUCCAUGAGUUUACAGAUGACAACACAACAUGGGAUAUAGACCAGCAGUUCAUGUUGGGCCCCUCCAUCUUGAUCAGCCCCGUGCUGGAAAAUAACACUUUUGAGAUCACUGCUUAUUUCCCCAGAGCCCGGUGGUAUGACUAUAGCACGGGAUUUGGCUAUGAAUCUACAGGUGUGUGGAGAAAGCUACAGGCUCCCUUAGACCACAUCAACCUUCAUGUGAGAGGAGGCCACAUCCUGCCUUGGCAAGAGCCUGCAAUGAACACUCACUUCAGUCGACAAAAUUGUAUGGGCUUGACCGUGGCUUUGGAUGAGAACGGGAAGGCUGAAGGCCAGAUGUUCUGGGAUGAUGGACAAAGCAUUGAUACCUAUGAAAAGGGAAACUAUUUCUCAGCCAACUUUAUAGCAGCUCAGGACAUUUUACGAAUCUAUGUUAUUCACAACGAGUAUCUGAGUAACUCGAAUCCACUGAAAGUUGGCUAUAUUAAGAUCUGGGGAGUGAACGCCACUUAUGUGACACAAGUGAAUGUCACCACUGACAGCCAGCAAUUCACGGAGGCCUAUUUCAUCCAUGACCCUUAUAAUCAGACACUAACUAUUCAACUGACUGACAAGAACAUCAGCCUGGAGAAGCUAACUGAGGUCACUUGGGUUCGUGGUGACCCUCCAGUUCCCACGACCACAAUAGCCACCCCCCUUUCCACACAUUCUUUCCCACCUACAUCAGUGAACGAGUCCACCAGCACCCAGGCCACCACCACCUCUGCGACCACAGGCAUUACCACAAGCAAUGGAACCACUCCCAUCUCAACCACUGUUCCCAGGAGUACAACUGACACCACAACUGGAAUCACUGUUGCUGUCACACCCACGCUUAGGGCCACAAGUACCACUGACGGUUCAACCCACACAACUGUUCCUGACACAAUCACCCCUCUCUCUACAAGUACCAUUGUGUUUAUCACAACCCCACAAAGCACAGCCAGUACCACUGUUAGUACUAGUCUUGGUACAAGCAUGCCAGUCUCUGCAAGUACUACUGCCAACGCCAUUGUCACAGCUCCUAACACAACCCCAGCUUAUACAACAAACACUACUGAGGGCACAGUAAUCAGUACUGUUCCAGGUACAACUACUCCUUUUAUAAAUGCUACUACCAGUACUAUUCUCGGUACAAGUAUUCCUAUCUCUGCAAGCACUACUGCCAACACUGGUAUCACAGCUCCUAUCACAACCCCAGCUAACACAACAAAUACUACUGAGGUCACAGUGAACAGUACUGUGUCAGGUACAACUACCCCAUUUGUAAAUGCAACUGCCAGUACUAGUCCUGGUACAAGCACUCCUAUCUCCACAAGUACUACCACCAACACUGAUGUCACAGCUCCUAUCACAACCCCAGCUCACACAACAAAUACUACUGAGGUCACAGUGAACAGUACUGUGUCAGGUACAACUACCCCAUUUGUAAAUGUAACUGCCAGUACUAGUCCUGGUACAAGCACUCCUAUCUCCACAAGUACUACCAACAACACUGAUGUCACAGCUCCUAUCACAAUGCCAGCUCACACAACAAAUACUACUGAGUUCACAGUGAACAGUACUGUGUCAGGUACAACUACCCCUUCUUCUAUAACUGCAACUGCUAGUACUAGUCCUGGUAUAAGUACUCCUAUCUCCACAAGUACUACCACCAACACUGAUAUCACAGCUCCUAUCACAACCCCAGCUAACACAACAAAUACUACUGAGGUCACAGUGAACAGUACUGUGUCAGGUACAACUACCCUAUUUGUAAAUGCAACUUCCAGUACUAGUCCUGGUACAAGCACUCCUAUCUCUACAAGCACUACCAACAACACUGAUGUCACAGCUCCUAUCACAAUGCCAGCUCACACAACAAAUACUACUGAGGUCACAGUGAACAGUACUGUGUCAGGUACAACUACCCCAUUUGUAAAUGCAACUGCCAGUACUAGUCCUGGUACAAACACUCCUAUGUCCACAAGUACUACCAUCAACACUGAUGUCACAGCUCCUAUCACAACCCCAACUCACACAACAAAUACUACUGAGGUCACAGUGAACAGUACUGUGUCAGAUACAAAUACCCCAUUUGUAAAUGCAACUGCCAGUACUAGUCCUGGUACAAGCACUCCUAUCUCCACAAGUACUACCACCAACACUGAUAUCACAGCUCCUAUCACAAUGCCAGCUCACACAACAAAUACUACUGAGUUCACAGUGAAUAGUACUGUGUCAGGUACAACUACCCCUUUUGUAAAUGCAACUGCCAGUACUAGUCUAGGUACAAGUACUCCUAUCUCUGCAAACACCACUGUUAAUGUUGGUGUCACAGCUCCUGACACAGCCCCAGCUUACACAACAAACACUACAGAGGUUCUAGUGAACGAUACUGUUCCAGGCACAACUACCUCUUCUAUAAAUACUACCACCAGUACUAUUGUAAUCAUUCCUCCCAUAACCCCAUCCUAUACAACACGUACUACUGAUGUUACACCUAGUAGUACUCUUCUUGGUAUAGCUACUCCUUUCUCUACAGGCACUACUGCCAACAGUAAUGAUACCAUUCUUAUCACAACCCCAUCUUACACAACAAAUACCACUAAGGUCACAACAAACAGUACUCUUCCAGAUGCAGACGCUUCCUCCCCAACCAGCCACAAAAAUGAAUGA